AAUGAAUGUUGAGCUCGUUCCAUGUUAAUAUUAUUGUUAAAAGACCAUGAAUUCAUACAAUACUUUUAGGAAUUAACAUAAGUCGACUUAAGUAUUAUUUUCUGAUUGAUUUCGCUGUUUUGUUAUUUACAUCAAUUUGUAUCAGGACAGAUUUUUGGCUUGGAACAACUACAGUUCGUGUACUUUCUUGAUAGUUAAUUAAUAAGCACAAUUCAAUUCAUUCGUCAAUUGUGUUGUCCCUUGCUGUGAGUGCACUUUCCCAAGAGUAAAGUAAAUUGUACAGUACACGUCUUACACUCCGGAAGCCCUAAGCGUAAGUUAUUGCUUUACUAAUUACAUUUGAAACUGAUGUAUUUGAUUGAAACUUUACCUCACUAUUGGAGGCCCGUCCAGAUAAGUUCAUUCAAAUUAAUCAUACAAAUGCGUAGAUUAUAUGAUUUUCAGAUGCGCUAAGGAAUUGCCACCCCCUCUGAUAAACGCUGAUUCUUAUUACAUCCAGACGUAUUCACCACCUCUUACUCCCAGAAGUGUAGAUGCGUUUCCAUUCAACCACAUAAUUAUCAUUGCGUGCCGUAUAAUUCAUGCCACUUUGUCCAGUCCGUCAGGGUUUUCGAUGUUUGAUAUCAAUUCGUAGGGCUUAGAUCAGUUUAGAACGUUGGUGAGAACACGUGUGAAUCGAAUUUGAACUUCGACAUGGCAGCCGUAAGACAAUUCUACAAGGGUUCCACCAUACUGCUUUCCGGUGCAACUGGAUUUCUCGGCCAAAUUUUACUGGAAAAGUCCUUACGAGUGCUGCAGCCUCGCAAGGCGUAUCUGUUGAUCCGAAAGAAAAAGGGCCUGGAUGCCCAGCAGCGCCUGCAGAAGAUGCUGGAGGGAGUAGUUUUCGACAGGGUUCGCGCGUUGCCUUCCGCGCCCAGGGUGGAAGCAAUCGAAGUGGACAUGACUCGACCGGAUUUGGGUAUGGAUGCGGGUAUUCGUCGCCAGCUGGAGGAGGAAGUCGGCAUAGUUUUUCAACUUGCUGCCUCUGUUAGUUUCAAUGAGUCACUAGAAACUUCUCUGAAGGAAAAUGUACAGAACAAUCUGCAUCUUUAUGAACUAGUGAAGGACAUGAAGAACCUUCAAGUGGCGAUGCAAGUGUCAACGAUGUAUUCAAACUGCGAUCAAAAAGCCAUAAGUGAAAAAGUGUGUACCGAUGUGGGAUUUGGUGGUUACGACUGUAUUGUGAACCUUCUAAACGGCUUGAACGAGCAGGAAAAGCAAGCUCUAACUCCAUUAAUCUUAAAAGGUCUGCCCAAUACAUACACGUUUGCCAAAAAGUGUGUUGAGCUGAAGAUACAACAGGACUUUUCCCAUCUACCGGUUGGGAUAUUCAGACCGCCUGGUAUAACCUCCACCUACAAAGAACCUCUAGUAGGAUGGAUUAACAAUCUAUACGGUGUCGGCGGGUACGUGAUUCCCAUGAUUUUGGGGUUAUACGGAGCGUACUUCAUCGAUAAUGCCACAGUACUGAUGCUUGCUCCGGUGGAUUAUUGUGCUAACGCCUUGCUACUGAGCGCUGUUGAUGUGGCAAAAAACUUCGAUAAUGGGGAAACUAAAAUACCCGUCUAUAACUACGCAGCCAAUUGUGGUCCGAACAUCGGAGAUAUGUACAAAUAUUUGACAGAAGGAUUGCCACUGCCUCAGAGAUAUAUCUAUCGUCACUUCAUGAAUACCCGCACGACCAACGAAUUUCGCUACCGCGUAGCACUGCAACUGAUGCGAGCUCACGCUUCGACCCUGGAUCGCGUCCGACUUAUGAUGGGUCAGAGGCCGGGCAUACGGAAAGCUAUCGAUCGUACGCUCCAGCUGAUGGACAAAUCCAGAUUGAUGACGUUGACAACGUGGGACAUAGAGAAUUCGAACAUCAAACGGAUCCAGAUGAACUUGGACCCAGAAGAGCGUGAAAUGUUCGAGUGUGACCUAGCGAGUGUUAAUUGGCGUCAACAUUAUGCGGAUUUUAUUCCCGGAAUCAAGAAGUAUGUGUUUAAAAUGAAAUAAACAGGUAUAUGGUUAAGUUGUUUAUCUUCUAUAUUUGUAUUAA